CAACAUUUAAAUAUCUGAAUUUGAAACACCUCUAUAGGUAUUUAUUGUGAAUUGAACAAUUUUACUAACAAAUACAAGAUAUCUAUUAUUUUUUCGUGUAAUUAUACUGAAAAAUGUCCGACCUGGAUUUAAUGUUCAAACCUAUAGUGCUCGUUACUGGGUUUGGACCAUUUUUAAAUCAUCCUUUGAACGCUAGUUGGGAAGCUGUGAAGUUAAUGAAUAAAGAAUCUAUUGAGAAGAAACAUAACGUCGAGCUAGUUCAGUUAGAAAUUCCAGUAACUUACGAAAAUGUUGACGAAUUUGUGCCUGCUCUUUGGGAUACCCACGAACCUAAAUUAAUGAUCCACGUAGGUGUGUCAGGCAUAGCCGACUCUAUCACUCUGGAAUGCCAGGCCCAUAGGAAGGGAUAUCAAAGGCUUGACUACUUCGACAAAUGUCCAGCGAAUCACGCAUGCCCAGCUACAGGAGCACUUCGCAUCAAAACUAGAUUGGAUGUAGAGAAAAUAUGUAAAGAAUUCAACGACGACUGUCCUCCGGAAACAAAUGCUAUAGUUUCUCUCGACGCUGGAAGAUACCUGUGCGAGUACAUCUACUACACAUCACUAAGCGUCGACAACACCAGAACACUGUUUGUGCAUGUUCCUGAUGUCAAUAAGUAUAAAUCGGAACAAACGGCCCGAGCACUGGAAGUAAUUCUAGACCUUUGUAUGAAACAGAUAACGGCCAUGGAUGCAGCAGAUAGCAUGACUGAGAACUUACAGAGUAAAUGUCAAGUGUGAGCAAAUAAAGUUAAAUAGUUACGAUAAAUGUAUGUAAUACAUAAUGAAGGAGGUUUUAUAAUUGUUACUGUAAAAGGAAAUCGCCCGGCCAGCUCUAGAACAAAAUACGAGCAACAUAUCAGUUGUUAUAUUAUUCAAAGCCUUUAAUUUAGAAAACCUUUAGUUGAAGGAUCCAUAGGACUUUUUAAAUCUAUUUUGAUAUUAGAGAGUAUUCCGUAUGUUUCUUAAAUCUCUAUGUUUCAAUAGUAGCUGUGUUGUCUAGAUUCUAGAAACUUCUCACAGAGAACAAUUGACGUUCCAUAUUUUAUUUAUUAAACAUAUUGUUUAACUUUAUUUCCAGUUAUGAAAAUGUACUAUUUUUAUAAAAGCAUUUCAGUUGGUUUUUUAAUAUUUUUUCGCCUGUAAGUGUUUUACGUUUGUAUAUAUUGCAUUAUAUUAUUGUUUGUUUGUAUAAUAAAUUAAAUUAUUAUAUUAUGUUUUUAAUCAAAAUCUAAUCACUACAUAUUAAUAUUACAUAGUCUUUUCCCACAUUCGUCGUGCGUUAUAAGUAAACCCUGUAACGUCUCAUGACAACCAAUACACUUAAUAUUCUAUACGAUUCUUUCAAUUGAAUUAUUGAUCUGUCGGCUUAUCCGAUAUAGUGUCCUGUAUACUUUACUUAAUAGAGACGUGUUUUAUAUAUCCAUGGAGUCCUGUCGUCAUUAUAUUAGUCUUUCCUAAACAUGUUAGGCUAACAAACUUAUUUUACAAAUGGCGCCAUCCGUGACGUACUGUUUAUAAUAUGCUAGCAUUUUUUAUGACAUAACUAAUUAUAAUACUGGGCCACUAUAAUGGCAACAUUUAAGUAUCAACUUGUAUUUGACCAUAGCCGUAAAAACAUUUACAAAAAAAAAACUUGUAUUUGAAAACCAUAUAUACUGGCUUCAGUCGUUUUGUAGGACAUUACUGAACAUUUAAAAACAAGUCUGAAAGUGUACCUGAAACACUUAAUGAUAAGUCUUUAUCAACAAUGAAAGCCUAUAAUUUCCUUCACACUCUCGUAUAUUACGGUUAGUACAGCGAAAGGAAAGUUAUUACUUGCUUCACAACUCUAGUAAAAAAUCUGUAAUCCUUAGAACUAAAGGCGGCGUUUAUAAGCUCGGACAGGCAAUGUUUUGAUUACCUGAACAGUCAGGUAUAAUAGAAGUAGGAAAUUUUGUUUCGUACCACAGUAAUGCACUACAGUAUUCUUUUAUACUUGUAUCGAUUGUGUGCCAAUCAACAUACAAAUAAAUAAAAACAAUUACCGACUGAAAUUAUAACUUCUAUAGGAAUUCAUGGAUUGUGCUCCGUAACAUAGCGAUUGAUUAGAAAUUCAAAUAUAAGAAAGUUAAUUUAGAGAUAUUGAAUAUAAUAUUGAUUUAUAACGUUAUUUCAUAAACAUAUCAGUUACUAAAUAAAAGUCCAUAUUAUA